AAUUGGACCGCAACGACUUGAACGAGACGCUUCUAGUUUGUACUUACGAGAACCGCCGCCGUCCGUCUUAAGUCCGUAUUAUCCGUCAGAUUGUUAUUACUAUUAUCACCAUGAAGGUCUUCUGCGCAGUCGCCUUCCUGUUGGCCGUCGUGGCAGCAGCUUCGUCGACGGAAGUCCAAAAGUCCACCGCCGUACCGUCACCGGUACAGUCGCCGACGACUUACCCGGGACCAGGAGGCGUACCGUAUCCGGCGCAGAGCUACCAGUACACGUCCGAGUACGCCGGACCGGUGGCCAAGUCAUCGUUCGGACCAAAGGCCGCCGUCCCGUCGUCUGCUUUCGCCGCCUACCAACCGUACCAGCAACACCAGCAGUACAACUUCGGACCGCAACCACAGUACUACCCGGGUUCCGGAUACCCCGCCGCCGGACAGUACCCUACCCCGUACUCGGGACAUCCGUCGACCGGCGCCGCCUACCCGACCCCGUACUCGGCUUACCCGUACUCAGCCCAACCGUACUCUGCUCAACCGUACUCGGCCCAACCGUACAACGGCGGCUCUUACUCUCCAUAUCCGGCCGCCUUCCCGUCGUACUACGGUGGUCAAUUCGGCCUGCCGUCCGCCGCCGGUCCGUACAACAGCCACUACUCAGGCGCCGUCGCGCCGACCGUCACCCCGUACUCGGCUGCUUACCCACAACAACCACUGCAGCACUCGUCGUUGUUCUACAACAGCGGCGCCGCCGCCGGUCAACAGUACGGCUCGUCCCCACAGUACCCGUCACAGCAGUACCAGUCGUUCUACGCCAACUCGCCGGCCGCCCCCGCCACCGCCUCAGCCGCCUCCGAUUCCGUCAGUAAGACCGAAAAGAAAUAAACGAACGAUUGAUCAUUAUGGAUACCCCGCCGCAAGAAUUUUGACUUAUUAUUUCGCUACUUAGGAUAAUAUUAUAUGAGCGUAUACCUAUAUAUUAUAUAUUAUUUGUAUUAUUAUUUAUUUUUUCAACACUUAUAAUUGCCAUAUAGUAUAAUAUGUAAUAUAAAAAAAUUGCAAUAUAUUUAAUGUAAUUUUAUAUUAUAA